GCAUCGAAAAAUCUGUGCACAAAACUAGAGCCGCCUUUGGAGACGAUCGGUGACAAGGCAGAGACUGCCUGCAAGAGAAAAGAAUGGCUGAAGAAAGUAGCAGCAUUCUGCAAAUAGUGAAUAAGCUUUUUGAUGAGAAUAAAGACAACCAGAAUGAAGAGCUUUUACUUACUUUCAAAGGAGUCCUGUAUCCUAACCGCCUUUGUAGUGCAGAGACCUUUGAAGCACUGGAAACCAUCGAAGCGAGAAAGGAUGAUAUGCUGGUAGUUGCUUAUCCAAAAUGUGGUACCAACUGGGUAUUUCACAUUGUGUGUGAAAUGGUAGCUGCAACUUCAAGUGGCAAGGACUUACCACUACCAAAAUUCCUCUUAAUGCUUGAAUUUGGAAGCCCAGAAAAAACUCUGAGAAUGAAAGAACAGCCAUCUCCCCGUUAUUAUACAACUCAUCUCCAUUAUGACAACAUUCCAAAAUCUUUUCUGGAGAAUAAGGUGAAGAUGCUGGUGGUAUUUCGAAAUCCCAAAGAUGCAGCUGUAUCCUACUACCAUUUUUACAACAAAAAUCCUUUGCUUCCUAAAGUCAGUUCCUGGGAUGAUUUCUUUCAAAAGUUUAUGAAUGGUGAAGUUGGGUGGAAUUCCUACUUUGACCAUGCUGUUGCUUGGGACAAACAUAUGGAUGAAGAAAAUAUAAUGAUAAUCACCUAUGAAGAACUGAAAGAAAACCUUCUGGAAGGAGUCAAGCAAAUAGCUGACUUUUUUGAACUCCCUCUGUCUGAUGAGAUGAUUAAGUCUAUUGCAGACAAGGCUACCUUUCAAGCAAUGAGCAGCAAAUCUCAGGAAACUUUGGGUUCCUUUGCUCCUGUUAUUUUCAGAAAAGGUGAAGUGGGCGAUUGGAAAACUUUGUUCACUGAAGCUCAGAGCAAAGAAAUGGAUGCAAAAUUUGAAGCAUGUUUAGCUGGGACUAAACUGGGUGCAAAACUAAAAUAUGAUAAAUACUGCAAAUUUUAAGAUUUGUAAUUUUGAAAUAAUGGGUUUUAGUCUCUUAGACAUACCUUUUCUAAAAGAGAAAUUAAAUGAUGUAAACAAAUAAAAAUAA